CGAGAUAUCCCGACCUGAUCUGGACUGUUGGUCGUCAGCCGCUCUUGAAACCUGAACUUCACUUCUCUUCCUUCUCACCGUUCGAGCCCGGAUCCUCCUCAACUCUACUCUUCCCUAUUAGAACCAAAAAGUCCAGGCACUGCAUUCCAAGAUGUCGCUCUUAACUUCGUGGCUGCGGCUGGGGAGCCCCAAGAUGAAGAUGGAUCCCUGUCCCUGCGCUUCACACAACUCCCUCGCCAUCGUCGAGAAGGCCGACAUUCUCCGGGACCAGCUGGCAGACUCGACGAGCAAGCAAGCCCAGUGGUUGGUCCAGCGCAUCGUCGAGACCCAUGCCGAGCUGCUGAGGCUGCCGCACCUCCGCCCGGGGAAAGUGAUAAAUCAACUGCUUGGCAAUCUCGUAUCGGCCUGCUCCGACAUUUACGACCAGGAGGUCGUCGACAAGGUCCUCUCCAACCCUAGCGUGAAGGCCAUCCUCCCCUCCCUACGCCAGAUCUGCGCCCAGGCCGAAUCCUGCCUUGAGCUACACUGGGCCGAGCACGUCCUCGCUGCCGCCCAGGGCGGCGGCGGGCCCGACGAGGUCCAGGCCCGCCUCCGGACCUUCCCUUACUACGAAAACUACCAAGAACUGACCCGCCUCGAGCUCUGCGCCAUCCUGUCAGCCACCAAGACCGCCCCGCGCCGCAUCGCCUUCAUCGGCUCGGGCCCGCUCCCGCUGACCUCGCUCUGCCUGCUUCAGGCUCUCAAGCAGCAACAACGACAACAGGAUGCUCUCCUCGGCCCCGCCCUCCUAUCCCCACCGCCCUCUCCGUCACUCGACGGCCCGCAAGACGCGAGGAAGCCAAACAACAGCAAGCAGGGCCCCGUGGUCCUCAAUGUCGACUGCGACUCGGCGGCCAUCGCCGCCUCGCUCAGCCUCAGCCUGGCCCUCGGCGAGGCGGGUCGUGGGAUGGAAUUUAUGUGCGCCGAGGCCGAAGCCGGGCUCCAGCCCGAGCCCGACGCGUCGACCUCCUCCCCUCCUUUGACACCCUCCUCGACGACGACGGCGAUGACGACAACGACGACGGCGGCGGCGGCCGAGGGUGGGAAGCAGCAGCAGCCGCAACAACAGAAAGAGGACCUGGCCGAGUUCGACGUGGUGUACCUGGCGGCGCUGGUGGGCCUGUCGCGGGCCGACAAGGAGCGCAUCGUGCUGGCCGUGGCGGGCCGCAUGCGCCCCGGCGCCCUGCUCGUCGCCCGCAGCGCCUGGGGCCUGCGCACCUGCCUGUACCCGGAGGUCGACCUCGCCGCCACCCCCGCCCUGCGCCGCCGCCUCGAGUGCUGCGUCGUCGUCCACCCCUACGGCCAGGUCGUCAACUCGGUCAUUGUCGCCAGGGUCCGCGGGUAAAUCAUUAUUUAAAUUAGGAGAGGGGACGGAAGGAGAGGGAUAGAGAGAG